AUGCAAGCACAGCAAUCCGCCGCCCAGGAAAUUGAAAUUUUCCUCACUCCAUAUGAGGAAAUGAGGGCUCUGGUUAAUGAAUGGGUACAGAGUUGGAGCCAUCAGAGAAACCCCAAUACAAUUCGGAAAUUGAACAAACAAAUCCGAAUUGAAUUAUCCAGGCUUCAAGACUACCAUAAGAAAGCCCAGGAAGCCAAAACAACAGCCGAGGCGCUGAAAUACGAAAGCAAAGCAGAGAAAAAACAAAUUCUCAUUGAAGUCCUCGAAAACAAAUUGGACGAAAUUGCCCCAGAAAUGGACGAAAUUGCCAAAAAAGCUUCCGAAGCCCAGAAAAACCAAAACAUCACCCAGAUGGAAGCAGUUCUCCAAGAAUGGUUGAAACUCAACCGCAAAUUGACUAACUAA